UUAGCUCAAGCAGGUCUUAUUGCACUGAGAGGGACAGUAUAUUUUUUUAAAAACAAUGUCAAAUACUUUUAGACUUUAUAUAAAGAACGCAAAACAGGUUGUAUUAGUUUGUAACAGUGGCGAAAGGUAUCUUACAAAGGAUGGAAUGCAAAAGCUGUCUGUGAUUGAGAACGGCAGUUUGAUUGUCGGAAAGGACGGGCUGGUGAAGGCGGUGGGACAGGCCGACACGAUCGCAUCUCAGUUCGAAGGGGCAUCAUUUGAAAAUGUGAUCGACGCUUCGGGCAUGUGUGUGAUACCAGGACUUAUUGAUGGCCACACUCAUCCUGUUUGGGCAGGGGACAGAGUCCAUGAAUUUGCCCUGAAGCUGGCAGGUGCUACCUAUAUGGAGGUGCACCAGGCGGGGGGAGGGAUCCACUUCACGGUGGAGCACACCCGCCAGGCCUCCGAGGACGAACUGCUGUGCAGCCUGACGCAGCGGCUGUGGCGCAUGCUGCGGGCAGGGACCACGCUGGUGGAGUGCAAGAGCGGCUACGGCCUGGAGCUGGACACAGAGCUGAAGAUGCUGGCAGUGCUGGAGAAGGCCAAGCAGAGCCUGCCCAUCGGAAUCUCCUCCACCUUCUGCGGAGCGCACGCUGUGCCCAAGGGGAAGACAGUCGCUGAGGCAACGGAGGACAUUUUGAAGGUGCAGCUGCCAGGGCUGAGGGAGAAGAUGGUGCAGGGGGAGCUGAGGGUGGACAACAUCGAUGUGUUCUGCGAGAAGGGUGUGUUUGACCUCGACUCCACCCGCACCAUCCUGCAGGCCGGGAAGGACAUAGGCCUGCAGAUCAACUUCCAUGGGGAUGAGCUCCACCCCAUGAACUCUGCACAGCUAGGGGCUGAACUUGGGGCGUUAGCCAUCAGUCACCUGGAGGAGGUCACCAAUGAGGGGAUAGCAGCCAUGGCUAAAUCAAAAACGUCAGCCGUCCUCUUGCCAACCACAGCGUAUAUACUGAGACUGCCUCAGCCACGGGCGAGAGACAUGCUGGAUGCAGGGGUUAUAGUGGCACUGGGAAGCGACUUCAACCCCAAUGCCUACUGCUGCUCUAUGCCCAUGGUCAUGCACCUGGCCUGUGUCAACAUCAGGAUGUCCAUGAACGAGGCCCUCGCCGCCGCCACCAUCAACGCCGCCUACUCCCUGGGGAAGUCACACAGCCACGGCUCGCUGGAGGUCAACAAGCAAGGCGACCUCCUCGUCAUCAACUCCUCAAGGUGGGAGCAUCUGAUCUAUCAGUUUGGGGGGCACCAGGAGCUCAUUAAAUAUGUCAUCAUAAAAGGUAACAUUGUUUAUGAAAAUGACAAAGCCAUGGGAUAUUGACCUCUGCGGCACCACACAUGAAAGAAAACAUGCUUCAGUUACCUGAUUACUUAAAAUCAUAUGAUCACUGAUGUGUGAUGCAUGAAAAAUUAAACUUGUAUUUAAAAAUAACAGCUUUGUAAAACAAAAACAGUAUUCGUAAAGUAAAACAGUUUGUAGUAUGGCAGCUUAAUAUCCCUAAAUAAUCUCAAUGCAGAUAUUGAAGUAGCCAAUGUUUGGAUCUUUACUUCUUUUCAAAUUAAUGGAUGGUGUUUGCAGGUGUCUGAUACCUUUAAGAACAUCACUCUCUGACAUUAUCUUGUAUAGAAUGCUUACUUUCAGAUAGAGUAUAUUGUCAGUUUGACAUGAAAGUGAAAAGAGAACUUUAUUGCCUAAAACCAUUUCAGUUCCACUUGAACACUGAAUUGUUACUGGUCAAGCUGUAGUGAGAAUUGAAUUGUGAUGGAUUUGAAAACCUGACA